GCAUCAUAGCCAGUGAAGUGGACCAAACUUGCAUUAUCUUGAUUCUCUUCAGACUUCACUAUCGUGGAUUAGUGUGUAAGGUGCCUUGCUAAGUUUGAACUUAGCGUCACUUCAUACGGCAUGCUUCAUUUUCAACAGUCGGUGAAAGCAAUAAUGGUGCCCUCUGAAUCGUCUACUUUUUGAAUGAUUGAAAGAUAUUUCACCGAAAGUGCUUGGAAAUUUCCUCUGUGCUAGCCUUUUACUUCUGACUACUUUCCUGGAAAAUGUAUGCAUCGUUUCUUAUUUAAUUAGUGUUCAUUCAUUCUGGGGAAGAAUUUCUGUUCAUUCAAAAUAGAUUAGCAAAGUUGCUGAGGGCAGAAAGAGAGUUGAAAAACUGAUUAGGAAGUGUCUAUUGAUAUAUUUACUCAUCCAAGUUCUAACCAGGCUACAAUAUGGCUGCUGCUUCUUCUUGCUCUGAGAGCAUCCUUCGGGAGAAGCAUGAUGUAUUUCUUAGUUUCAGAGGGGAGGACACCCGGAAUACUUUUACCAGCCAUCUUUAUGAGGCUUUAUGUCGGAACAAAAUCCAAACUUACAUAGAUUACAAACUGGAGAGAGGAGAUGAAAUCGCACCUGCCCUUCUAGAAGCAAUCAGUGAAUCGAAGCUUUCGGUUAUCAUUUUCUCCAAAAACUAUGCUUCUUCUACAUGGUGCUUGGAUGAACUUGUGCACAUACUCGAAUGCAGAGAUAAACAGUUUGUUAUACCCAUCUUCUACGGCAUAGAUCCAUCAGAUGUACGCAAACAAUCGGGGAGUUAUGCAGAUGCAUUUGUUAAACAUGAGGAACGUUUCAAGGACAUGAUGGACAAGGUGCUCACGUGGAGAGAUGCUCUGAAAACAGCAGCUAAUAUAUCUGGAUUUGAUUCCCAAACAAUUAGGCUCGAGUCUGAAUUAGUUAAUAUUGUGGUCAAUGACAUUUUGGCGAAAUUGAAUCGCAAAUCGGAAAUGGCAAGUGGUUUAGAGGGCCUGGUUGGAAUCGAAAAACACGUCCGACAAGUUGAAUCGUUAUUAUGCCUUCACUCACAGGAUGUCCGGACCGUAGGUAUUUGGGGUAUGGGUGGUAUCGGUAAGACCACUAUUGCUGAUGUUGUAUUUCACCUUCUCUCUUCUCAAUUCGAAGCUUGCUGCUUUAUUGCAAAUGUUAGGGAAGCAUCAGAGACAAGACAUGGACUAAAUGAUUUGCGAAAUCAACUGCUUUGUACCGUACUUAAGGAAGGCAAUCUAUAUGUGGCCGCUCCAUCUAUUGGAUCAAGGUUUGCAAAACGGAGGCUUUGCUUUACAAAGGCCCUCGUUGUUCUUGAUGAUGUGAGUGAUUUAGGCCAAGUAGAAUUUUUGGUUGGACGUGAUCGCAUCCUGUUUGGCCCUGGAAGUAGAAUUAUUGUGACAGCUAGAAACAAGCGCAUGCUUGGUCUUGACGAUGAUAAGAUAUAUAAGGUUAACGAACUAGAUUGUGAUGAAGCUCUUGAGCUCUUUCAUUUGAGAGCUUUAACAAAUCUCUCUCCCCCAACGGAUUAUACAACUUUGUCAAGAGAGGUGGUAGAUUAUGCUGGGGGUAAUCCAUUGGCUCUUACAAUCUUGGGCUCCGUAUUCUCUCAUUGCAAGAGCAAAGAAGACUGGGAAGGUGAAUUAGAUAAAUUGAAAAAAUUUCCCGACAAAGGAAUCCAUAAAGUAUUGAGGUUAAGUUAUGAUGGAUUAGGGGAAAAUGAGAAGGAGAUAUUUCUCGAUAUCGCCUGUUGUCACAAAGGAAAGGAUAUUGAAGAGGCACAAAGAAUUUUAAAUGUCUGUGGUUUUUCUGCCAAUGCGGGAGUAAGACUUCUCAUUGAUAUGUCUCUCAUAUCCGUGAAUGAACGUUCAAGACUUGUUGAGAUGCAUGAUUUGAUACAAGAAAUGGGUCGGGAAAUUGUUCGUGAUGAAUAUGUUAAAGAUCCUGGAAAACGCAGUAGAUUGUGGCUUGCUACUGAUGUUCGUCGUGUAUUGGAAAAGAAUACGGGUACUGAAGCCAUUGAGUGCAUAGUCAUGAACAUGGAUCUCAUUACAGAUUUACACGUGAAUGCUGCAUCCUUCGAAAAGAUGCACAAUCUAAGAUUACUAGAUUUAUAUUUUGAUGACUACUACUCAUAUUCAUGCACCAGGGGUGUCGCCAAGCCCAAAGUGCACCUUCCUCCAGGUCUCGAGUUUCUACCUGAUGCCCUUAAAUAUCUGAGGUGGCAUUUCUAUCCCUUGACAUCUCUGCCAUCGAGGUUUUCUUCAGAAAAUCUUGUCGAGCUUGAUAUGCCCAACAGCCGACUUGAGCAACUUUGGAAUAAAGGCGUGCAGAUCAAUCUUGGGAGCUUAAAACGCAUCGAUCUUUGUUACUCCGAGCACCUGGCUGAGGUUCCAGAUCUCUCUGAGAGUCCAAAUCUCGAGAGCAUUAAUCUUAAAUGGUGUACAAGUUUGGUUCAACUUCCUUCAUAUUUUCAGCAUCUUGCCAAGCUUGCUUGUCUGAAUCUGAGAGGUUGCUCCAAUCUCAAAAUUCUCCCAGAGAUGCCACGCAAUCUGAAAACCUUGGAUUUGCAACAUACUGCCAUAGAAGAAUUGCCUUCAUCAAUUUGGUGUCUCGAGAAGCUUGAUUCAUUGGGUAUUUAUUCAUGUGAAGAGCUUAAGAAUCUUCCAAGCAGCACUUGUAGGCUGAAUUUGCUCGGAAAUCUUUCUCUAUCUGGCUGCCACUCUCUUGAGUCUUUGCCUGUCGAGCUCCCUUCUGGGCUGGAGUACCUGGACUUGGAAGAUUGUGAGAGUCUUGCGUCUUUGCCUGUCGAGCUACCUUCUGGGCUGAAGGUGCUGCACUUGAGCGGUUGUGAGAGUCUUGUGUCUUUGCCUAUUCAGCUCCCUCCUGGGCUGAAGGAGCUGUACUUGAGCGGUUGUGAGAGUCUGGGGUCUUUGCCUGUCGAGCUCCCGCCUGGGCUGUUGAAACUGGACUUGAGCAAUUGCAAGAGCCUUGGGUCUUUACCAAAGCUGCCAUGGCUUCUACACAGGUUGGAUGCACAUGGCUGCACGUCACUAGAGACAGUCUCAAGUUCGAUGAGGACUGCACCCAUACAAGGUUGGGAUCAAUAUGUCAACAAUUCUGCUUGUUUCCUAAUCCGGCCUGGCGCUGACAAGGUACUUUCAUUUAUAAAUUGUCUGAAAUUGGAUCAGAGUGCACGGAGCAACAUAAUGGCUGAUGCACAGCUUAGAGUUAUGCGAAUUGCAACUGCAUCACGUCUCCUUAAUAGACUUACUUGGAGUGGAAUUGUUUGUCCGGGAAAUGAAAUUCCAAAGUGGAUGAGGUAUCAAAGUGAGGGAUGUUCAAUAAAUAUCAAGCUUCCUCCUCAUUCGUUUCGUCAAGGCUUCCUCGGUUACGCUCUAUGCAUUGUGGUUGCAUUCAACAACUAUACGCUACCCGGUUGGCCACGCAAUUACGGUCUAUCUCCCAACUUUAGUUGUCAACCCCAUCGCAAAAUUAACAAUGGUCACGAAGUUUGGUGCGAUGCCCUCUAUGUAAGCCUAAAUGAUGAUAUAAUUCUCAAUUCAGAUCAUGUGUUCAUGUGGUAUUCCUCCCCUGAUUUUGUUCGAUCAGAAAGUACAAUCAAUCGCGAGGAUUGGGUAAAAGAAUCCGAGGCCUCUUUUGACUUCAUGUUGUACCAACAUACAAUAAUCAACGGCAGUGGAAAAAGAAAUCUCGUUGAUCUCUCCUCUGUGAGGGUGAAAAUCUGUGGAGUCUCCUUGCUGUAUGAAGAUGUAGGCGUUGAUGAAGAUGUAGUUAUGGAACCACAAUCAAGUAGUUGAAAAAGAAGAAAUCAUCAUCAAAACCAAGAGACGACGCGACCAGUCUGGACCCGGUGGAAGCGGAACUGCAAUCUUGAAAGAAGAAGAUGACGGCAAACUACUUCCCCGGAGUAGUAGAAGGAAAAUCAACAUGUUUUGAAAUAGCUAGUUAGUGAACUUCCAUUCCUAUCUUGAUUCUCUUCACUAUAGUGGAUCAGUGCGCAACUUUGCUCUGCCUUUGCAUUGUUGGUUUACUUGAUUUACAAGGAAUGAAAGAGGGAUUGGAAGCUUUGAGAGAGAAUGAUAAUGGUGAAUCACUGCAGUUCAAGAGCACAAUAACGGAGUUAAUUAGGAGUAAUAUGAGUGGGGAAUUGAUGGGAAACGAGAAGGCUAGCUGUUAAUGGAUGGAAUGUAAAGUCUGGCUUUGCCGCUGCUGCAAUUGAGAAAGCAGACAAGUGCUCAUCACAGUUACAUUUCAGUCCAUUGCAGACGGUGAGACCAUAAGUUCAACUUGUGGAACCUUUGAGCUUGGAUUCUUUAGUCCCGGUUCUUCUACUACGCGAUAUGUGGGGAUAUGGUACAUGAAGAUAUCGUUUAUCACCAUUAUGUGGGUUGCCAACAGAGACACGCCCCUCACUGAUUCAUUAGGUGUCUCAAGAUCACACACCCCGGAAUUCUUGUCCUUGUCAGCCAAAACAACAGCACAGUUUGGUUCUCCAAUACAUCAAGAACUGCACAGAAUCCAGUGGCUCAGCUUUCCAACUCCGGAAAUCUUGUUAUGAAAGAUGGGAGUGAUAAUGAGGCAGAGAAUUUUCAGUGGCAAAGUUUUGAUUACCCAGGUGACACAUUCCUUCAAUGUUUGAAGCUUGGCAGCACACAGUUACAAGCUUCAACUGGGAUAUAUCAUCAUGGAAAAAUCCACAGGAUCCUUCUCAGGCAAUUACACUAUCAACUUGAUCCCAUUGGUUAUCCAAAAUUAAUUUUGAGACAAGGUUCGGUCACAAAAUUUGGGACUGGUCCAAGGAAUGGAAUCCGAUUUAGUAAAACACCUCAUUUGAGUCCAAACCCUCUAUACACAUAUGGUCUUGUUUUUUUAUCACGAUGAGACAUUUUACAGUUAUGCUAGCCAACAUCUGAGUUAUUUCUAGGAUGGUGAUAACUCAAGAAAUAACACAGUUGUUUACCUAACAACACAGAUUGAUAAUUGUGAUAGUUAUGCACUCUGUGGUCCAAAUGGCCCAUGUAAUAUUGAGAACUCCCUAAUAUGUGGCUGCUUGAGAGGAUUUGUACCCAAAAUUCCAAAAGAUUGGGACAUGAUGGAUUGGUCAAAUGGGUGUGUUAGAAGAACUAGUCUACCGUGUAAUGGGGACAUAGUUUUCCAGAAGUACACUGGGACCAGAUUGCCAAGCACCAAACAAUCCUGGUUUACCACAAGUACGAACCUCAAGUAAUGUAAGAAGUUUUGUAUGAAGAACUGCUCUUGCAUAGCCUAUGCAAAUUCCAACAUCAGGGAAGGAGUAAGUGGGAGCUUGCUGUGGUUCAGUGAUCUGAUUGACAUAAGAAAUUUCACUGAAAUUGGGCAAGAUAUAUCUAGUUAUCUACAUAUAUAAGAUUAGCAGCAUCAGAGCAAGACUACUUGCUAAAUUAACCUGCUAAAUCCAAUGUGAAGAAAGUGAGAAUCAUAGUUAGCACUCUUGUUUAUCUACGGAGCUGUUGAUACUGGGCGUAGCCCUGCUCUUUUAUGUUUGGAAGAAGGAUGGUAAGUUGUUUGUAUUCUUCUGACCCCUCCAUUCUCCUCGUACUUCAGUUUUGUAGUGAGUUAUUUAAAUUUGAUUGUAUAAAUGAAAAAGGAGCAGUACCAUUUUUAGUAUAUAAGUUUAUUGAAAGAAGUAACAAAUCAUGCUUCCUUUACUUAAUUUCAGCAGGAAAACUGAGCCGCUGCCACAAGGAAAAUCUGGAAUUACCAUUGUUUGACUUGGCUACCGUUGUUAAUGCAACCUGUAACUUCUCAGACGACAAUAAACUAGGAGAAGGUGACUCUGGAUCUGUCUUUAAGGGUAUAUUGAAAGAAUGAAAGAUAGACGAAAAAUAGAAGUGAAAAGGCUCUCAAGAGACUCUAUGCCAGACUUCAGCACAGGAAUCUAGUGAAGCUUCUAGGGUGCUGCAUUCAACAAGAUGAAAUGAUGCUGAUCUACAAAUGCAUGACCAACAAAAGCUUAGACUUCUGUAUUUUGAGUGUGCCGGCUGCUUUUCUAAUGUUGAGUGGUGAAGGUGCGUGAUUGCCUCAACAUCAGAAACCUGGUUUUUAUAGUGAAAGGAAUCUGACAGAACUCGAUGUUUCUACAGAUAAGGCCAGAAUGUUCAGCUAAUGAACUCGCUGUUACACUAGUGGGGACUCGAUGAAUGAUAAUUCAUGUUGAGUAUUCUCUACUUGUUAUCCUCUUGCUUUCCUCUGAUAUGAGUUGGGGCUCAUUUAAAUGUUGAGUUACAAAACACCCUUUUGGUAUCACUCUAGGCCUAGUUAUCAACUUCUCAUUGGUAGCAACUUGAGUGUGAACUAACCUCUGAGUUGAACCAGCCAACUCUUGGUAAAUGACCUUGUGUAAAACUGUAAAUGGAUGCCUAACAAGGAAUUUCAACUGAAACUUCCACUGCUACCUUCAUAUAUUUCUAUGACUUAUUUAAGUGGAUAGUUGAACGUGGAACCUCCCUUAACAUUGUUAAGAGAUACAUGGCGAUCAACAGGUAGUUGGCAAGCAAAGUAACAUUAUACUUGCAACUCAAAAAUGAAAAUUUUUUAUUAUAUAAUAGAGUGGUGGUAUUCAAUUGGUUUUUAGCUGGGUUUUCUCUCAAACCCAUUGAGAGUCGGUGGCUUCACUUCUUGCCCUUCCUGGGCAAUUUUCCCUGGGUUCUAUCCCAGAUCUGAGGCUUCGUGCCUCUAUUUUCGGCAAUUUUCUCUUUUGUUUCCCUCCUUUGUUUGCUCUGUUUUAUACUUCCUAGUCUUUGGUUUCCUUCUGGGUUUGUUUUCAGACCUGAUUGAUUUCACCCCAGUUCCUUCCAGUCCAAAUUUCAACUUCUUUCUCCUCUCAAAUCUUUGGCCACCUUUGAUUGAUGCUACCUCUAGAGCUUUUCCUUCUGCCAUGGAUUGUAUAUAUGCUCCUCGGAGUACUGUUUUAAACGGGGCUUACCCGUUAUGGCGCGUAAAUCCGGUGAAUACGGUCGUGCCUCAAGGGGGGACUGCACACUCUUUGUUUGUCUGUCCCUUUGAUCCCUGUGUGGAUCUCCUGUCUCUUUCUCUUGUUCUGGUUUCUUUGUCGGCAGAGGGCGAUCUCCUCCUUGGAGAUGAUUUGGGUUUUGUGCCUCUAUUUCUUGAUUUUGGCUGGAAUUUGGCUGGGUUUAUCUCGAUCGGCUCCGCCAUCGGUGUGAUGCUGUCCACAUGUGUUGUGGGUAUGAGUUGCUGGGUUGCGUUUCAGGUGGUGGUGUGUGUGGGCUCGCCUGGUUUGGGCCUUGGCUGUUUCCGUUUUCAGUGUGUGCUUCUUGCUCAUAUCUACGGGGCGGUGCAGAUCUUUGCGGCGGCGCUGCUCUUCGCGACGGUGUUGCGUUGGAUCUUCUACCGUUUUUCGGGUUGUAGUAUAGUUUCUGGGCUCGUUUGUUGGGCCUUUGUUUCUGUUUUUUCUUGGUUGGCCCAAUUUGGGUCUUUGUAUUUUGUUUCUGUUUAAUAUAAGCUACUCUUUUCUGCCAAAAAAAAAAAAAAAAAUUUGCAUGGUUUGAAUAUCAUAAUCCCUCACCUCUCACUAAUGUCUUUUCCGUGCUCUUGUUAUAUAAGAUGUAAAAUGGCAAGUUCAAGCCCGUUUUCUAUGAAAACAAAAAGAAAGUCACCUCCCCAUUUUAUGUUAUUAAUCAUGAUACUUUCUUUUAGAUGUGUUUAGCUCGACAACGUUUUAUAAUUUUUGUCCGAGUGUUUUCUCUCUUAGAAAAGUAUUUUUGAAAAUGAUAAUAAAAUUGAGAUGAAAUAUGAUUGGAGAUGCUCAUGGCCUUUAGGAAUGCUUCAGUGAAACAAUUAGGUUUGAUCUACCGUACCAACUACCAAGCGUCCAAUCAAGUCACUAUGCGUGUUGAUUAAAACGUGUCAUUUUCAAGUUUUUGCAUUGAAGAGACUGAUGAUUUUGGUAUGAUUAUUAUUAUUCGUGAUCCACUGGACAAAUGUGAUGAAAAAAAAAAAUCAUUUUGGAUAAAUUUGUGUUAAAAUUUAAAAAGCACUUGAAGCAUUUCCGAAUGCACGGUGUGACACUUUCACCAAACAGCCACCGCCAGCUGCUGGGAAGGCAUUUGCUCACUCUUUCUCUUUCACUUCAAAAUCCAAAAUUUCCAUCUCCCCCAUUUUCCAUUAUCAACACAGAGAACCUCUUUUCUCUUUACAAAACCCUAAUCUCCUCUCAAUUGCAAUAUGUGGGUUAGACUUGUGCAACAAUUUCAUUCAACAAGUUGAUUGGAUAUUACCUCUGUUUAAAAUCAGGUAGGGAGUAUUCCAAAGGACUUGAUGGCAGGUAGUGUCCUGCCAUCUCUCGGUCGUGUGAAGCUAGCUGAUCUUGUACCUUCUGAAGGCCUUCCAUCAGAUUCUUACAAACUAUCUGUUUCAACUUUGUCACAAUCAUUGGCCCAGUAUUCCGCUGCCAUUGUUCAAUUUUCAGUGAGUGAUGGAGCUCUUUUGAGGUCUGGUUUAGAUUCUGCUCGCCUUUACUUCCAUCAAAGCGCAUCAUACCCAGCUCCUGACAUUGUUCCUACGAAUGACCUGGCUCGCCAUUUACUGAAAUACUUGCCAAUGUUCCAUUAAGAAAUCGGGAAAUAUCUUCUUCAGUAUUUUUUGUCUGCUGUCAUGCAACACCAUCAUUUCAAGGAGCACAACAUCAUUACAAGUACAUUUAUGUCCAAUUGUGAGGGUGAAAAGGUGUGGAGUCCCCUUGUUGUAUGCCCAAGAUGUUGAAAAAUUACUUGGAGGCAUGGAUGAAGAUGUAGGAACACAUCGAAGUUAAAGAAGAAGAUAUCAUUUGAAAUAUUCAGAACAAAUGCCAUUUCAUGAGCUCAGUUCUUUCCCGGCUGGUGUUAACUCAAGAUGGGCUUGUGCGGCGCUACACAUGGAUUGAUAGAACCCAAAAUUGGUUCCUAUAUAUAACUGUGACAAUUUUGCACUUUUUGGUGCAUAUGGUGCCUGUAAUUUUGAGAACUCCCCAGUAUGUGGCUGUUUAAAAUGUUCUGUACCAAAGCUUCCAAAAGAUAUGGACACAAUGGAUUGGUCAAAUGUGUGUCAGAAAGACUCCGCUAGAUUGCGACGGUGACAAGUUUCAGAAGUACUCUGUCUUCAAUUUUCCAAACACAGAACCAUCCUGGUUUAACGAAAGUUUGAGCCACAAGGAAUGAGAGAUGGCGUGCAUGAAGAAAUUGCUCCUGCUUAGCUUAUUCAAAUUUGUAUAUUAUUGAAGGAGGAACUAGUUGCUUGAUGUGUUUUGGGGACCUGAUUGACAUUAGAAAUCUCAUUGAAAAUGGAUCCUGAAGACCAUACAAAGAUCAAUGGUAAACCGGCUAGAUGCAUUGUGUAGAAAAGGAGGAUCAUAAGCUGUAUUGUGCUACUUCUGGGCCUAGCCCUCUGGCUAUAUAUGUGGGAGAAGCAAACAUAAAAAAGAUG